AUGGGCAUUCCAGGGGUCCUUAAAAUUCGUACGGCCCGUACAGGGGCCUUAUUGACAGAGGUGCCUGGCCUCAAUGCAGGGCUCACUGCCGACCGGCUUGCCGAAGAGCUGGACAAGCUGGCAGCGCAGAAGGGCCCCGGCUAUCGCGUCCAGAGACCUGUGAAGACCGCGGCUUUGCGGCUCACAGGCCUGGACGCGACGGUCGGGGCCGUAGACGUGAUGGCCGCUGGGCUCUCGCUGGGGGCUGCUCACCCACGAAGUACUCCCGACCACCGCGCCAAAGAGUGUAAGGCGGUUUUGGCACACUGCCCUGUGUGCGCCGAAGCGGGCAGGCCAGCUGGCCAUAAGAUAGGAGGACCAGCGUGCAAACCCUUAGCGGACAGGCAGAAGAGGAGGAGGGAGGCCAACCUGAAAAGGAGGCAGCCCGGACCUGGCCCUGAAGGGAAGACGGCGGGUGUCCCCCCUACCCCGGAGAAGGACGAUAGGAGGGACCUGAAGGCCUCUCCGCGGAUAACCGGGGCCAAUGUAAGGGAGGAGGUCACACCGGCCUCCUCUCCCACGAGGGACGAGGUCAGGAUGGAGGCGGAGGCGACAACGGAUCGCACCAUGGACCCCGCCACCCCCAUGGAGGAGGAAGCCUUGCCGCAGAGGGAGAAAAGGAAGUGGGGAGCAUUGGAGGCCACCCCCCCUGCGGCAACACCGGAGGAGCGACCGAAGGAGAAGGAGGAGAAGGAGGCAGCGCCAUCCCCGGAUAGGAAGGACAAGGUAAGGAGGGUGGAGGUCCUUAAAACCCCACCCCCAUCAACCGUAGAAGGGGAGUCGGAGGACGCGCCAUCCCCGGCUUCUCCUGUUGGCGUCACCCCCUCGUACUUCCGAGAGGAGGGGGAGGCUAAGGUAGGGACCCCUCAGACAGUUGGCUCCGAAGAAGCACCCGAGGAGGUGACAGAGCGGAAUGCUACCAUGGAGGCACCUCAACGGGAGACAUCCAACCAGACGAUCACCACAAUGGCAGAGGCUCCUGCGGGGGAGACUGGGGUGACGUCGCCGUCGCCCGGGGUCUCCCCGGUGGGAGUGAAAGAGGAGCGCCCGGAGGAAGCGUGA